AAUCACUCCAUCGCUCCCAACCCCCUUUUCAUUAUUAACUUCUCUCUGCUUUCCCCUCUCCUUCAUUUUCAUCCCUCCCUCUCAGAUCUCAUCUGCUCAAACCCUCGGAAACAGGACAAGUAAACAAUGGCCAAAGUAUUGUUACUCAUGGCUCUCUGCAUCCUGCCUGCGCUUGUUACCGCAGCCCGCCCCGCCAGGAAUCCUUACACCGUGGAGGGCCGUGUCUACUGUGAUACCUGCCGCGCUGGCUUCGAGACUAACGCCGUCACCCCCAUUCAUGGUGCCACUGUAAGAGUGGAGUGCCAAGACAGGAGAACAAUGGAAGUGGUAUACACCAAGGAGGGAAAGACUGAUGCCUCUGGAACAUACAAGAUCAGAGUUGAUGAAGACCACCAGGACGAGAUUUGCGAUGCAGUGCUUGUAAGGAGUUCCCAGAUUAACUGCUCUGAGCCUUCAGCUGGUCGUGAUCGUGCUCGUGUCGUCCUCACCAAUAACAAUGGGAUUGUAUCCAACACCCGUUAUGCCAAUGCUAUGGGCUUUGACAUUGACGAGGUCAUGUCUGGCUGUACCCAGGUUCUGCAGCAAUAUCAGGAAGUCGAUGAUUAGAGCACAGUUUCUUUAAUUUAUCAACUUUUAAUGUGUUUGAUUUGUUGAGUAUGGCUUCGACUAUUCAAUUGUCUGGCAAUGAUGAUACAUGGAGGGUGUGCUCUGUUCUUAUUGUGUUUAGAAUACAGCUAAUUUUGUGUUUGUUA